GGAGCCCAACAAAGAGCGCGCGGCGCCGGCCGCCAGCCCUCAGUCGCUCCCUAGGCUCCCUCGGAGCGCCCGGCGACAGUUUCGGCGCGGGCGAUGGAAGAUGGAAGGAAGAAAUGCCGCGGCAGAGACAUUUGUUUGGGUUAACAAUGCAUCGUCUCAUUCCCAGAGUGUUGCCAAGGCCAAAUAUGAAUUUUUAUUUGGCAUAUCUAAAGAGAAACCUCCAGAUACUAGUGAUCAUGGAGGAAGCACUUUACUCCCACCAAAUGUCACAAAUGAAUUUCCAGAAUAUGGGACCAUGGAGGAUAGUGGAGAAGGCCUAAGAACUUCUCUUGGGUUUGAUACAGAGUCUCUGCCAGGCUGCCCACAAGGACAGCUGGGGGUCCAGCUUCUUCAUGGCCACCAGUCUGGGCUUGAGAGUGUUACCGACGGACCAAAAGAUGUCAGAGAGUCCCUCACUCAAAGUCACCUCAAGGAACAAAGUUUACAACCCAUUGACUCCUUGAUUUCAACUCUGAAAGCCACAGAAGCCAGAAAAGCUUCAGGAACAUUACAGGCUACAAAGGUACUGGACAAAGAUGCUAUUUCUAGUUUUUCAGUUCAGCAGGUGGAUAAAGAGCUGGACACUGUCCCUCAUAAAACAAAGAGACAGGGAGCCAAAAAAAUAUUUCCUGCUGGCCAAGAAAAAGCACCAGAUAUACCUCUUUCAGCUGAAGUUACGACUGAGGAGAACUUUUAUUUGAGCAUCCAGAAGGAUCAGACUGUACUAUUAACUGGAGAAGCUCAGGCAGAGCUUUCCAAGAUAACUAAUAAUGGUAGAAAAGGGGCUGUCCAUGUGCAGGAGCCAGCUUGUUCUAUAUCCUCCCUGGGGAGCCCAGCAGUGACGCAUACCUCUGCAGGCAGUGUUGCUCUUUUGAGAGAGAAGAGGUCUGAUCAAGGUAGCUCCACAGGACGCCCAGGCCGGGUCAAACACGUGGAAUUUCAAGGGGUGGAAAUAUUGUGGACAGGAGGGGAGAAAAGAGAGAUACAGCAUCCUGCGGAUUUUGAGAUAUCAUUGGAAAGGAGCACCUCUCCUGAAAACAGAGAACUUUCCAGAGUGCCAACCCAUCUCAUUUCAUGUGCUGGUUUGUAUAAUUCAGUUGGUUUAACUGAGAGUGUUUGGGAUGAAACCUGGAGAUCAUCAGAGAAGCUGGGCACCAGCUCAGGGACGUUUUGCCCUCUGCCUCUUGUUGAGAGUGGAGAGGAUGAAGUCUUCCUAAAGGAAAACAAAGAACAUCUUGAAAAGAAACCUGAACUGGAGAGAGACAAGGAAAGGAUUCUUGAGCAAGAGGAGCACUUUAGGGGAGGAGAUGAUGAUGUCCUUGGGCCUGCGUAUACAGAGGACUCCACUGAUGUGUACAGCUCCCAGUUUGAAACCAUUUUGGACAACACUUCCUUAUACUACAGUGCUGAGUCCUUGGAGACAUUAUAUUCAGAACCUGAUAGCUAUUUUAGCUUUGAAAUGCCUCUCACUCCAAUGAUACAGCAGCGCAUUAAAGAAGGCAGUCAGUUUCUGGAGAGGACAACAGUGGCAGGACAGCAAGAUAUCCUGAGUGUCUCAGCAGAUGGUGGAAUAGUGAUGGGUUAUUCUAGUGGGAUCACCAACGGGCUGAAUGACACCAGUGACUCCAUCUACACGAAAGGCACACCAGAGAUUGCUUUCUGGGGAAGCAAUGCUGGGGUAAAAACAGCACUACUAAAGACUCAUUCUGAGAUGGGGAGCACUGAAAUUCUGGAAAAGGAGACCUCAGAAAGUCUCAGUAAUGGUACCAGCAGCAACAUAGAAGCAGCCAAAAGGUUGGCCAAACGCCUUUAUCAACUAGACAGAUUCAAAAGAUCGGAUGUCGCAAAGCACCUAGGCAAGAACAAUGAAUUUAGCAAACUAGUUGCAGAAGAAUAUCUGAAGUUUUUUGAUUUUACAGGAAUGACACUGGAUCAGUCUCUCAGGUAUUUCUUUAAAGCAUUUUCUCUUGUGGGAGAAACUCAAGAACGAGAGAGAGUUUUAAUACAUUUCUCCAAUAGAUAUUUUUACUGUAACCCAGACACUAUUGCUUCACAAGAUGGAGUCCAUUGCCUCACCUGUGCAAUGAUGCUUCUUAACACAGAUCUCCAUGGCCAUAAUAUUGGAAAGAAGAUGACCUGCCAAGAGUUCAUUGCAAACCUCCAAGGGGUAAAUGAAGGUGGUGAUUUCUCCAAGGAUCUACUGAAAGCUCUGUACAACUCAAUUAAGAAUGAGAAGCUUGAAUGGGCAGUAGAUGAUGAGGAGAAAAAAAAAUCUCCAACUGAAGGAACUGAUGAGAAGGCUAAUGGAACACAUCCAAAGACCAUCAGUCGUAUUGGGAGUACUACCAACCCAUUCUUAGACAUUCCUCAUGACCCAAAUGCUGCUGUAUACAAAAGUGGAUUCUUGGCUCGGAAAAUCCAUGCAGAUAUGGAUGGGAAGAAGACUCCAAGAGGGAAGCGAGGAUGGAAAACAUUUUAUGCUGUACUAAAAGGAACAGUCCUUUACUUGCAAAAGGAUGAAUAUAAACCUGAAAAGGCCCUGUCUGAAGAGGAUUUGAAAAACGCCGUGAGUGUGCAUCAUGCGCUGGCAUCCAAGGCCAUAGACUACGAGAAGAAGCCGAAUGUACUUAAACUUAAAACUGCCGACUGGAGGGUCUUGCUUUUUCAAGCUCAGAGUGCAGAGGAAAUGCAAGGAUGGAUAAACAAAAUUAAUUGUGUUGCAGCUGUAUUUUCUGCACCACCAUUUCCAGCAGCCAUUGGAUCUCAGAAGAAGUUUAGUCGUCCACUUCUGCCUGCUACUACAACAAAAUUGUCUCAGGAGGAACAGCUGAAAUCUCAUGAAAGCAAACUGAAGCAGAUUACCACUGAGCUGGCUGAACACCGCUCAUAUCCCCCGGAUAAGAAAGUUAAAGCCAAGGAGAUAGAUGAAUACAGACUGAAAGAUCACUAUCUGGAAUUUGAGAAAACUCGUUAUGAAAUUUAUGUCAGCAUUCUAAAAGAAGGAGGCAAGGAGCUCCUGAGUAACAAUGAAAUUGAGGCUGCAGGACUCAAGAAGUCACAUUCAAGUCCUUCACUGAACCCAGAUUCAUCUCCAGUCACAGCCAAGGUCAAGCGUAAUGUGUCAGAGAGGAAAGAUCACCGACCUGAAACACCAAGCAUUAAGCAAAAAGUUACUUAGAAUCAAUCUGUGACCAGGAGGUACUGGUCAUGGAGCAAAAUAGAGUUUUUCAAGAUCUUUCUGGUAAACCCGUGAAUAUAUUUUUAAAAAGUUUGUGACUAAAUGGUGCAUUAGUAACCUUUUCUAUUGUAUAGUUUUGUUAGUUUCUGUACUGAUUGUCUCUUUGCUCUUGAUUACUUUGCUUUGAUGAUUUUUGCUACUUGAUGACUAAUGCACCUUUUUUUGUGAAGGGGAGGGGGAUCAUGAUUUCAGAAUGAAUUAUGUGUCACUUUUUCUUUGUUUAUUUUUUCUUGUUUGCACUCUGCUCAGUUGUUUUAUGUAUUGUCAAAUCAGCUAUUACACUUUUCUAAGGUUAAAAAAUGUAAAUCAUUGUGAAACAUUUAACUGGACAAACUUGGUAGUUGAGUAAAUUCUAGCCAGGGUUAAUAUAAGCCUUUAUAUGUGAAAUGUUGCUCAGUCACAGAGGUGGAAUUGAGCACUGGCAGAAAUUCAAUUAAGAAUUACAAUUCUGGGAAGCAAGAUGGUCCACUGUGAUGCAGGUAUGCAUAUAUCUUUGCACUUAUUGUUGAGUUCUGACCCUGCUGGAAGCAUAGAAAAGGGUGUUAACAAGAUGGGAGGACUGGAGAACUAAAGAAGUGCAUUAGCUUCCUUGAAGUGUUGAUUUCAUUUCAGCCAAAGAAGGAAAUAGGAAGUGGAAUCUUUUUGCCAUUGAAGGUUGUGGAAAAACAACACCAAGUUCAUUUUGUUUCUUAAAGGGUGGUGGCAAUAAUCGACUCUUGGGGAGCUGCAGUAGUAGGCAUGUGGCUGGUGUGCAGGAAGUUGUUACUUCACUUCAAGGUCUAGGCUAGGAAUCCAGAAUCAUCUCUGUCUAUCAGUACUCUGCCAUUCAGGAAUUACGUUCAUAUAUAUAUAUAUAUAUAUAUAUAUAUAUAUACACACACACACACACACACAUAUAUAUAUAUAUAAGCAUGGUGUUAUCUCCUGGUUGUAAAAAUAUUGGGGUCUUCUUAAAAAAAAUAAUGUUGAAAUGGAACCCCUUUUGUUUUUAACAAAACAAAUUAAGAGGAAACAGUAGCUGCAGUUGUUCAACAAUGUGAUUCUUUAAAAUAAAUCUGAAAGUAAUAAUAUCUAAAUGAAUUGUGGCUGGAAAACUGAGGAAUCUACUGGUUGUAUAUGCAGAGUUAGUUUAUUCUUAUCUCAUGAUCUCUUUGAUAGCCAGUUCAUUCUGCUGCUACUGAACUUUCUCCUAAAAAAAGUACCUAAUUUUAAGUCAGUAUUUUCUAUCUAUUCAGAAUAGUUACAGUCACGAAUUUGUUCCAGUGCUGGUCCCUUUGAAAUUUAGGGUGACAACAUAUUCUCGUGUAGUGGAAGAAAAAGUGAAAAUUGAGCCCUGAGUUAGAACUUUCUGAUUUUGAAACCUUGAAUGUUUGUGAUCCUUAAAACUAUAAUCUCCAUGACUUCUGAACUAAUGGAAUCACUUUGAAUACUCUUUUACCUCCCACACGAUUUGCUCUAGUUCUACUCAGUUUAUUAAAGGCACUAUGACCAAAGAAACAGGGACUCUGCAGGAAUAGCAUGGUUCCAGUGAAUUAGAGAAAAUCUGCUAUUAAACCAUGGUGGUUUCUAGUAGUAUAUUGUUCUGAUGUACCAGCACUUAAUCAUAAGAUUAAUUAUAAUCUUAAUUAUAAGAUUAGUAAUAACAUUUACUUUACCUAUAUAAAUGCCCAUAUUUGCUACUGCCCAAAAGAGAGAAACCCUUCUCUAAGGUUGUAGUUGCUUGCUUUGUGAGAAGUUUUUGCCAUACCUUUGAAAAACUCACCCUAACCGUCUAUCUUGUUUAUGUAAAGACAAUGACUAAAUUUGUGUGUCAAAACCGAAAAACAAGGUAAUUACGACAUGGCCCCGUGCACCUGAUUCAUUUUUGUAGCUUCUGACCAAAUCCAAGAUUUGCACAAAGGAGGAAUCAUCUUUCUUCCUUGAAUCUGAAUAAUUAGUGUGUUUGUUUUCUGUAUAAUAUAUUUAUACCAAGCAAGAGAGAAAUACCCAGCCAUGUCAUCUCUGAGCUUCAGUAACUAAAGAAAAAUAAACAUCCCUGAUUGGCUUGAAUGUGUUUGUCAACAGUGUGACUGUGUCUGUGUAUAUAGAAUGUCUCUAUGUAUUUUACUUACAGUAUAUAAUAGACAUGAAAUGGUACCAUGCUACAGUAUUUCUGACAUUUAGAGUAGUUCUAACAUGCUCAGUUAGAAUCAGCACCAUUACAGCAUUAUUCCUAUUAUACAACUCACUAAUGUUAGCUACAGGAAUUUCUGGAUAUGCUAAUAGAUAAAUGGGUGAGAAGGACACUUUGAAGCUGUGUUUGCAGUUUCUCUUUUAAAAACAACUGCAGAAGGUUUUUCUUUGAGCCAGAAUCCCAGAUUGCCUUGGCAUGAUGUUGCCCAUCUUCCCGGGAUGGGUUGAGAAUACCUCUGUCUGUUGUCAGUGCACCUAGCAGACCAAGAGUUUAUCCAGUAAUAGGAGGAAAUGGCCCCUGAUUCAACUAGAUUCUAAGAGUCUUGCUCAUAGCCAACCACAUUUUCCUUUGUGAUCAUUUCUUUCCUAUAGUAUCAAGUCAGAAGAAAUUGAAGACAUUUCCUUUCACAGCUAUUCCAAGCCUGCUGCCUCACCUCCUCCUUACCUUCUAAAGGUACUCCCCCUCUUCCCAUCCCCACUCCUCACCCAUACCUUAGCAUCAGGAGCCUUGGGAUUUCUCUCCAUGUGAUAAAUUAUUAUUCUCCUUCACAUAAAUACAUGUAAUAUUAUUUCUUAUAUAGAAAGUCUUGAUAGUCAUCAAAACAUCUUGAUGGUAGUCUUGUUGCAAAUUGACCAUAGAAGUGGUCCAUGUAUAAAAUCUUUGAGUAUUUUGGGGUUUGUUUCCCCACCUCACAUGUUGACUUUCACAGGAGGUCUCAGAAAUCCCUUGUUAGCAAUCAAAACUUAAUUACUAGCAUGCAGAGUCCUCAUCUUAUUGCCAUGCCAUAGCCAUUGUUUGAAGUGUGCUUUUUAGAAACACUUUGGUAACUCUUAGCAAUGCCUAGUUAAACCAAGCAAUACUUCCAUGUAUUUUAAUUAAUCUCAAGUAAAACCAACAUGUUAGAGAGUCCUCUGGUAGAACUGUAGUUCCUAUUGCUCUUCGGUAAAGAAGGUAGAAAGCAACUGUACAAGAACGUCUAUACUUCUGUUAUCCUAAUUCAGAAGAUGAGGAUUUCUGUCCUCAGUCAGAAGUGAUUGAGAGAAUUCAUUCUGGAAAAGCAAAAUUGGCUGGCUUUCUAAGGCCAAGCUAUAGGUGGUCUCUUGAGUUUGUAUUUCACCCUGUGGCCAAACCACAGAACAUCUGAGGCUGGAGAAGAAUUUAUAUAACCAGCAGUAAAGGAGGCCCUUUGCUGCCUAAACACAAAGUUGUAGAGUUUUCUGCUGGCCCUUGCCUGCUACUCCCUCUGAUAUAAAAAGCUUGAGAAGCUUUUCUUAAGUAAGGCGGGGCCUGAUUUGGCUAUGAGUUGUACCGUUUCUCUGCCUUUACUCCUAAUCAUAGACAAUGGGAAGAAAAUUGACCUUUAAGAAGUUUCUCUAUUGUCUUACUAGCAAGACUUUCUUGGAUAUAGUUAGUUGUCAUUGGAAUUUUAAUUCCUUUGGCAUUUACCGUGUAGUCAUCAAUAAAGCCUUCUUUUUUUUUAGAUUUUAUUUCUGAGUAAUAUCUACACCCAAUGUGGGGCUCGAACUCACGAUCCCAAGAUCAAGAGUAGCACACUCCACCGACUAAGCCAGCCAGUCGCCCCCUAGUUAAGCUUUUUUAAGCCAGAUUUCACAGGGAGUUUCUUAGUCUUGGAGGUCCAAAUUUCUUUACUUUAGCUCUUAGGGACCUGGUCAAGUUUACAGCACAUUGGUAGCCACCUUCCUUAAUUUCAGCAGCGAACAAUAUCUUUACUUUUCAAAUGACAUUUUUUUCCAGUUGUAAAAUUAAUACUGUUAAACAAAGAACCAAAGUGGUAUCCUAAAAAUUGUUAAAAGUAGAGUUUAGUUAAAGAUUAAUAGUGUGACUUUGGGUUUAAAUAGCAUCUGCUUUUCUCAACAUCGAAGUUACUCUGACAAGAAAAAAAGAUCAGUCAGCUUUGUAGGCAGAUGAGCUUCUGGGUCUACCUUGCCCCAAAGCUUUCUGGCUGUCUCUUCUCCUAGGCCAGGUCAGGCCGCUAGUCUGCUUCAGGUCAACAGAUAUCUCCAUCAGCCUUUUGACAUUUUAUACUGUCAAGUCACUUGGAGGACUUUAAAGGUCAGUAGUUCACCACAAAAUAAUCCCAACAAGUGAUAGGGAGGUGCUUUGUCAUUGCUUUUCCUCUCAGAUUCCUUUUCAAUGUCUCACUUUUAAAGGGAAACUGAAGUCCAAAGCCAUUGCCAUUCUCCUUUUGUACCUAUAGUAUCCAAAAACAAGUGUGCAGCAUUCUGCUUAGGACAUAAUGCCCCUUUGCAUGCAAAGAGAAUAUCUUCACAGAGAGAAUGUCAGUAAAUACUUGAAUCUGCAUGAUAGUUUGUUGGCUUGAAUGUAACAGCAAGAAAAUAUUGCAAGUUAAGUAAUUGUAUAUACAAUUUCCUUAAAUGUCCUUGGCUUGUUCUUUGUAAUUUAUGUGUGUAUCUGUAGUAUUGCAGGCUUUUGGAGAAUAUUCAUAUAGAUAGUUUGUCAGACAUCAAAAGAAAUGCUUUCUGUCACCUGCCAAUGUUGUAUUGUGGGUAUUUAUAGUUGUAUAUAUAUAUAUGUAUAUGUAUCAAUGUGUAGACUGUAUAUCAGUAUAUGGUGUAUGUAUAUCAAAUUUAUUUUUAAUAACCAGUAUGAUAUGAAAAGCAAGUAAAAACCUCAUAGGAUUGAUUAUAUAAUGCAGUUAUUGAAAGUAUAUAUAGUGGUACUGUUUUAUUAAACUUAAAUGAUAUUUUGAUUAGCUUUUUAAUAAGACUUUAUGUUAGAAAAUUCCAUCUUUGAUCUUUGAACCACCAGGGCGAAAAUGACCCUGAACUAACUUUGUGAAACUCUUUCAGUGUACUGUGUACAAUACUAAGGAAGUAGCUCAUUAUAACUUGAGAUCUACAGAAAGAAAAAAAAUAGGCAUCCUAUACAGUCUUAACAACUUCGGUAUUCUGAGUACUUAACCAUAAAAUCAAACUGACAAUUUUGGGCUUAUUACAAAAUGUGGUGCUUUAAAGCACACGUUCUUUAUUGUUGUAAUUAGUCCAGACAAAUAGAGCUUUCAGAAGAAUUAAAUAAGUGCCCACAGUAUCAUUUUUGUGCCUGUGUCUAUUUUACAGUAGAUGGAACCACCCUUCUUGCACCACCUCCUUACCCUCUUUACUUUAAAGAAUAUUAGAUUGCUAAAGUAUAUCAGGGCUUCCCAAGAUCAGGUACUAUAUUCUAGGUUUGCAGUAGUACAAAUUAGCAUCUAGUGUCACAAGUGAAAGAAUUUUAGGGCAGGCUAUGGACUAGGUUAAAUCUUUAUUUAAUAUUUUUAUACUUAGGUCUCUUCCUGCCUCUCCCCAAAGAGCCACUGGCCUUAGUUAUUUGAGCUUACUGCUUAUCUCACAGUGUGUAAAUAGAUAAUAGAUUAAAUGUGUAUUAUUCAGCAUGUUUGGUAUAUUUAAAGCAGCAACUGAGUGUGUUUGAGUGAGUGGUUGAGUACAGUAUAUUUUUAAACAUACUGUCUCCUAUUCUUUGUAUCUGAUUCAGAGAAUUGGAGUUAUGGAAUGAAAGACUAAUCUUUAGCUCUAGGCUGCUGUUGGUAGUUACAUUGGAGUUUUUUUAAUUAACUCUACCGUCUCAAACUUUUUGCAAAUAUAUCAUAUUUCCUAAUUUGUUCUUGACGUGAAGUGAAUUCACUCUGACUGAUCAGCAGGGUCUUUGUUCUGCAAGAGUGUAUUUCUUUCUAAAAAUUAUAGUGAAUUGCAAAAACAUUCAUUUGAUUCAGAAAGCAUAUACUAAAGGAGUAGCAAAAAUAAAGUUUCAUUUUGGGCCUUAA